AUGGGUGGAUACAAGAGAAAUGAAAAAUUGUCCCAAUUUGAUUUUAUGAUAGCUGGUGGUGGCUCCGGUAUGAUAACUAGAGCAUUAUGCCAACCCCUCGAUGUUUUAAAAAUCCGAUUUCAACUCCAAGUUGAACCGAUUUCAAGGAAAUCAAUUUCAAAAUAUCAAUCAAUUCCACAAGCUGUUAAUGUUGUCCUUCAUGAAGAAGGUCUAAAGGCAUUUUGGAAAGGCCACAUUCCUGCACAGUGGUUGUCUAUUAUCUAUGGGACUGUCCAAUUUUGGGCAUUUGAAACAUUGUCAAAGAAAGUCAACAAAUGGAAUUUUAGUUCAAAUAUUUCUCCUGUUGUUAAUUUCUCAUGUGGUGCCAUUUCAGGUGUAUCUGCCACUGUAGCGUCAUUCCCAUUCGACGUGAUCCGAACUAGACUGGUAGCCCAAAGCGAGCAACAAAAAGUGUACAAAGGCAUCGUGGACUCGGCCCGGGAAAUCCUGAGGAAAGAGGGCACUCGGGUGCUUUUCCGCGGCCUCUGGCCCACCAUGGUGCAAGUGGGGCCCCAUGCGGGGGCCCAGUUCAUGUGCUACAAGCUAUUCGAAGAGCUGUACGCGCGCUUAGCGAAGUCUGAUGGUACGACUCUUUCCAGCAGCUUGAUUGCAGGUAGUUUGGCCGGGUUUUUCGCGAAAACUUUAAUUUAUCCAUUGGAUUUGGCUAAAAAACGAAUGCAAAUACAAGGGUUCGAGGAAGGUAGGAAGAGUUUUGGGAAGUCGUUCAAGUGCAGUGGGCUGAAUGAUUGUUUGGUGAAAAUUUAUAGGUUCGAAGGGGUUCUUGGGUACUACAAGGGACUGUCGCCGAGCUUGAUCAAAGCUGUGGUGACCUCUGCUUUACAUUUCAGUAGUUAUGAAAUGAUUUGUAAGUUUUUAGUAUUUUCUAAAGGAUGA